UGUUACCAAAACAGAGUAGAAGUUAAUCGAGUUAAUAAAGCAUUAAUUAAUUAAAGAGCAAGAAAACUUACCAGCGCACGAGUCAAGAACAGAAAAGAAGUUUUUCUGCACAAGAAGUAAUGUCGCCUCUCCUAUUAACAACAAAGAAGGCAAAAGAUCGAGACGGAGAUAUGAUCGGAGAAAUCCGGUGUGGAAACAAGACGGAGUAGAUGAUCAGAGAGAUCACAGUGCCACAGUAAGACGGAGGUGUUGGUCGGAGAGAUCACAGAGCAGAGGAGCGAAGGAGGAUAUAACUGGAAAGAUUCCGGCCUGCACAAGAAGUUACGUCGCCUCUCCUAUCAACAAAAAAGAAGGUAAUGCUAAUCAGUAAUUAAUCACUUGAACUCGGAAAAAGAAAGAUCUACGAAAUCAACUCAAACUAACCGGCGAUAGAGACGGAGUAUGAUCGGAGGAAUCCGGCUCAGAAACAAGACGGAGUAGAUGAUCAGAGAGAUCACAAUGCGGCAGUAAGAUGGAGGUUUUGGUCGGAGAGAUCACACUGCGGUAGUAAGGUGGAGGUGUUCGGUCGAAGAGAUCACGGAGCAGAGGUAGAAAGAGCGAAGGAGGAUAUAAUCGGAAAGACUCCGGCGCGGCUGCCAGACGGAGGAUAUGAUCCAAGAUUCCGGCGCGGCAGUAGAAAGAGGAGAUGACAGGAUAGAUUCCGGCGCGGAGCUGAGAUGGAGGAAAUGGUCGGAGAGAUCACGGUGCGGAGGUGGGGAGAACGGGAGGAAGUGAAAUUUGGGUAUUUGGGGAUAUUUUUCCACUCGGAAUUCGGGGAUAUUUAUACUUGACAAAAUUACAAAUGAGGCCUUCUAGUUAAGGGUUUUUAGAAUAGUAGCCCCAACACUAAUUUGUGUUGAAAUGAUGUCCCUUAACUCGUCCUUGCAUAGAGUGGCCCAUUUUUAACUUGUGAACUGUGAUGUCAGAAUUUUUUUCUGGCAAUUUUAUGGACACUGCAUCAAGUUGUGGCUUUUAUUUGAUGUAAAUAAUCUCUUGUUGGUUGAAAGAAAAGAAAAAGAUUUGAAUUGC